UCACUGAAAACUCAGCGAGCAAAUGGCGUCUCUCAUGGCGAUACGGAGCGCACGAAGCCAGAGGCUUUCUUCUAUGUUGAAGGUACGCUAUCAGUCUUUUAACUCGUCUUAUCUAAACAAUCUUCAGAUCAACUUCGACAAAACCCUAACUCUGAAAAUAGCAAAACCCUUAAGUACGUAUGCUGCCCCAAAUGAGUACCCACCACCACAUUCACAGUCACCAUUGCCUGAUUCUAGGGUUUUUCAAAACCAGAGGAGUGGUGAUAAUAGUCAGUGGGCUACUACACAGGGCCAAAACCAGGGGAAUUUUAGUAAUAAUCAGUUCAACCAUCCCAACAGGGGAUACCCUAAUCAGGGACAGAGAUAUCCUAAUCAAGGACAGGGAUAUCCUCAACAACAGCAGCAAUAUAAUGCUAAUCAGUAUCCGUAUCAAAACCCUAAUAAUCAGAACCAUCAGCCACCCAAAAACCCAAAUCAGUGGAACAGUCAAAGCUCUAGUCAGGUUAAUAUUUCGAGCCAGAAUUAUCAGCAACCCAGAAGCCCUAAUCAGUGGAACAAUCAACAAAAUCAGGGUUACCAACAGACAAGAAACCCUAACCAGUGGGUCCCUCAGGGUCAACAGAUUAACUCGAAUCAGGCUCAUGUUAGUAGUCAGGCGCCGGCUCCGGUUCCAGGUCCAGGUCCGGCUCCUUCAAUUGCUGAUUUGGCACGGUUAUGUCGGGAAGGGAAGGUUAAAGACGCCAUUGAGUUGAUGGAUAAAGGUGUUAAAGCUGAUGCUGAUUGUUUUUAUGCUUUGUUUGAGUUGUGUGGAAAUGCAAAGUCGUUUGAGAAUGCGAAAAAGGUUCAUGAUUACUUCUUACAAUCGACCUGUAGGGGGGAUUUGGCCUUCAAUAAUAGGGUGAUUGAAAUGUAUGGAAAGUGCGGGAGUAUGACCGAUGCCCGGAGGGUGUUUGAUUACAUGCCAGAUAUUAAUAUGGAUUCGUGGAAUUUGAUGAUAAAUGGGUAUGCGGAUAAUGGUUUAGGAGAUGAGGGUUUGCAGUUGUUUGAGCAGAUGAGGGAGUUGGGGUUGAAACCAAAUGAGCAGACUUUUCUUGCUGUUUUCUCAGCUUGUGGUAGUGCAGAUGCUAUUGAAGAGGGUUUUAUACAUUUUGAGUCUAUGAAGAAUGAGUUUGGGAUCAAUCCAGGGAUUGAACAUUACAUAGGGCUGAUUGGUGUUUUUGGAAAAUCUGGGCAUCUGUAUGAGGCUCAACAGUUCAUCGAGGAGAAACUGCCUUUUGAACCCACGGCAGAGAUUUGGGAUGCUUUGAGAAAUUAUGCUCGAAUGCAUGGAGAUAUUGAUUUAGAAGAUCGAGCUGAGGAGUUAAUGGUUUAUCUUAAUCCAUCCAAGGCGAUUACUAAUAAGAUCCCUACCCCACCACCUAAGAAGCGUACUGCGAUUAGCAUGCUUGAUGGGAAGAAUAGAAUUUUGGAGUUCCGGAACCCAACUCUUUACAAGGAUGAUGAAAAAUUAAAGGCAUUGAGUCAAAUGAAGGAAGCGGGUUAUGUACCUGAUACAAGAUAUGUACUUCAUGACAUUGAUCAGGAGGCUAAAGAACAGGCUUUGCUCUACCACAGUGAACGAUUGGCAAUAGCAUAUGGUCUUAUCAGUACUCCAGCUAGGACACCUCUUAGGAUCAUUAAGAAUCUUCGUGUUUGCGGGGACUGUCAUAAUGCCAUCAAGAUCAUGUCCAAGAUUGUUGGGAGGGAAUUGAUUGUUAGGGACAAUAAACGUUUCCAUCAUUUCAAAGAUGGCAAGUGCUCUUGCGGAGAUUAUUGGUGAAGGUUGCUACUUCUACAAUACAUAUCCACUCUGUUUACUGAUUAUCAAAGUUUAAUAUGUAAAGUGCUUAAUUUGCCAAGCUAUAUGGCUUGCUGAGGAAAGAAGGUUGCUAGUUACUGGAAAUGAACUAUUCACUACUUUAUAAUAUAUGCUGUGCUUGCAAAUGCUGAAUUGAUUAGGUUUUAUGAAAAUUCCAGUGUCGAUUCACAUGUCCUUCUUUGACUACCAUCUAUGCUGUAUAUGUUUUCCAUUUGUUUUGUAGGAUUGGAAGUCAUGAAUGGAACUUUUAGGACUCAUAGUUUGUUUCCUUUUCAUGGACUCCUGUUUGCAUAGUGAUGAUAGCAUUUUGUUGUGGCUCUAGGUGGAAGCUUUUUAAGAAUUAAUUGUAACCUGGAGUAUUUAAAUGCUAAUAUGCCACUAGUAUAAUUACAUUGCUAUAGCUACUGAUUCUAUGUUAGAUGCUUAGCACAGGAUCAACUUGUGUGUUUCCUGUAAUUGUAUUUCUGUCAUCUGUGUUCAAAUUUUCAUAUCAUAGAUCUAUGUAUCAGGUUGAAUGGGUUU